UUUGAAUGCAGUGAGUUGGGUCUUCUCAAGGUUACAGGAACAAAAAGGCGGCAAUUUCAGUUACUAACCAGCUGUCGUAGGGUGUCAUACAGUUGAUGAAUUAGAUUAUGUGCUUGGUCAUUCCUCAAUGAACGUUAAUGACCAGUCAAGUCAAACAGGCAGUUUGGUUUUCUCAACAAAUUUCAAUUCACUCAAUGUCAACAAUAAACAAAAUUCCACAUAGGUAUAACGAGGCCUCAUUAUUCAGGAUUUAUUUCAUCUGAAAUGAGUGUAAAUGUUGGAUCACUUCAUCGUCUUAGAGAUAGCAGUCUCUUCCCAUGCAUUGUGGGAGUAACGAAGAAUGAAAUACUAUGGAGGUCUUUAAGUGGAUUAGGAGUAGGAACAGUAAUAAAACAGAUAAGCUUUAAGAAUAUUAUCGGAACCACUUCCCUGUCAGAUGUUAAUGGUGUGAGGUGGCUCACUGAUUUGUCUGGGUCGUUCCAGAAGAAAGAGGCUAGUACUUCCUGUGGAUUUACUAUUUGGAGCAUCAUGCAAACAAAAAAGUAUAGUUGGGGAGUUCGUUGCUCCACAUUUUACUGUAUAUGCGACCAACAGGUGUCUGACUGGGUGGAUUUUUUAAAUAGCAGUGUAUCGAAGACAAAUCCUUCACGUCCACGCAAUUUGUUGGUUUUCAUCAAUCCUUUAAGCGGAGCAAAGAAAGCACAGCAAAUAUAUACUCACCAAGUAGCACCAUUAUUUUAUCUAGCCAACAUUCAAACGAAAGUUAUUGCUACGACAUCUCGGGAUCAUGCGACAGAUUAUCUCAUUGAAAACUCAUUGGACUCUUAUGAUGGAGUAAUUUGUGUCGGUGGCGAUGGAUUUUUAGCAGAAGCUGUUCAAGGUUUAUUGUUACACGAAAGACGCAAGUUCAGUCUACCGUUAUUUUCGGGACAUAAACCUGGAGAAAUUGAAUUAAAACCAACAAUUCGACUUGGAGUUAUUCCGGCAGGUUCAACAGAUUCUGCCUCAUAUUCUGUUCAUGGUACUAAUGAUGUUGUAACUGCGGCUCUUCAUAUAAUUUCUGGUGAUGAUAUUAGUUUGGAUGUUGUCGCUGUACAUGCGGAUGACGAUGGAACAUUUAUUCGUUACGUGCUAACGAUGUUAGGCUAUGGAUUUCAUUCUGAUCUUUUACGUAAUGAUGAUAAACGACGUUGGAUGGGUUCUCAAAGAUAUAAUUAUUCUGGCUUCAAGACACUUUUACAACACGCAUCAUAUCAUGGUGAAAUAUCUUUUCUACCGUGUUCGGAUCCAAACAACCUAUCAUCUAACGGUAUUGUUUGUAAUAGUGGAUGUUCCGUUUGUGAAUCAAAUAUUGAUCAUCAUACUGAUGAUUCAUUGCCUGUCGAUUGUUCACUGAAUAAGUUUAGUAUAAAACAUUAUGAAACGGAAUUUGAUGUGCCUUUGAAUUCCUCAAAGAAUAUUCGAGAUAGUAGUGAUUUUUCUAGUACAACAUCUAGUUUAAAUAAUGGUAGUACUCACAGUGUAAGUAAUUCACAAGUACUAAUCAAUCAGAAAUCAGUGGAUUCUGAUCUAGGCUUGAGCAUUUCAUCGAAUAUUGAUGGUCAUAAGAUUUUCAACUCUCAUUUAUCUGGUUUUAAAUUUGAUAAAAAUUUCAGUAGAAAUUCCUUUGAUGUUAAUCCGUGCAAUAUUAUGUCAAACGAAAAAGAAAGAAUUUCUAACAUUGGAAUAGAACAAUUACGUGAUAAUCAAUUAGCACUAAGUCAGAGUUCACUUAAACCAAUAAAACAUUGGCAUACCAUUCGAGGCACGUUUUUAGCAAUUAAUGCAUUUGUUCAAAGUUGUCGAUGUGCACUAGCUGUCUGUGGUCCUGCACCUUGGGCACAUUUAAGUGAUGGUUGUUUGGACUUAGUUUUCGUGCAUAAAUGUUCCAAAGUUCAAUUCAUUCGAUAUCUUAUGAGUAUAGCACGAAAUCGUCAUAUGACGCCUCAGGAAAAUCCUUUUAAUUUUCCAUUUAUCAGUGUUAUGAAAGUAUGUGCUUUUCGAUUUGUUGCACAAAAUAAAUCAAAAUUAAAAAUGUUGGAUAAUAAUAAACAAAACUGUUUAUGUAAUAAACAGAAUAAUUUACAAAUAAUUCACAAUGCCAGUGAUGAUUCAAUUAUUGAAUCAUUACAAUCUACGUCAUUGUCUGAGCCAAAUUCUUCAUUUCACAAUGUAAGUCAAAAGAAAACAACAAUUUGGUGUUCUGAUGGAGAAUUAAUUAAAAAAUCCAACAUUAUUUGCUUUGUCCAUCGUAAACUGAUACGAUUUUUUGGUCGAGGUCCGGAACAACAUUCGGAUUUAAACGAUUCACUGGAUACAUCUGAAGAAAAACAAGAAUCCUAUAGGUUGAUAUUACAAUCUAUGAUGGAUGAAACCUAUUCAAUCUACUAAUAUUAGUUGCAAUCACUACACUACUUCUUUUUCUUCUAUAAAAUAAUAUAUUUUUGCAUAUUGACUUUCUUGCUCAUUUCUUUUCUUUUCUUUCAAAUCUCUGAUUUUUGUGAUUUUUUCUUUUGAUUCGUUUUACGUACAUAUCAAUUUUUAUUGAAUGCAUUCAAUAAUUUGUGUAUUUAAUAAAUUUUGUACUGAGUUAUACUUUAUCCUCAUAUUCAUUUCAUUUGUUCUUGCAUAUCAUCCGAAUUCGUUUGUAUUGCGUUUUCUAAUUUUCUCAGGCGCCAUGUUGUUUGUGAUAGCGAUGACGACAACUGGCUUAAUUUUGCUCACAUAAAAACUACUGUAAAUAUCUUUUUUUAUUUGAAAUGAUACUACAUUUUGUGCUUAAUAACUGUUAAAUUUUUAUACGCCUAGGGUGUGUCGUGUAUAUUUUUUUUCUUGAAAAAAUAACCUCUACUUUCUAAAAUAAGGAGUUGGCAGUCGGCAGAAUUGCCUCAAUCUAAUUGACAGUAUUACACUUUAUAUUAAAUUUUAUAGUAUCCAUUCAAAUUUGCAAUAUAUUUUAAUUUUACAAGAGAACCGAUGACAUAUCUCCAA